CCACUCCAUCGGGUUCAAAACAUUACCAAUCCGUGGGGACCAAAUUGGACACAUCAGGAGGUGACAUCACAGCAUCCUGUCCCAAAAGGGAACUGAAAGCAGCUCUCUCACCACCCCUUGACUCCACUGCAGUCUCGCUGUCCCCAGGCUGCUCCUGCCUCAUGGCACCAGUGACGCUGGUCCUCAUCCUGGGUGAGUGACAAUGGGGAUGUGGUGCCACGAGGGUUGGUGGCCCACUGUGAGACCAGGAUCGUGUCUCUUGCAGCCAGAGGGUGCCCCUGGGGGACACUGUCACCUUGCGCUGCCACCUGCCCCGGAUGGCUGCCUGGGUCUGGCUGUACCAGGACAGAGGUUGGACACACAACAAGUACAAGGAGAAGGAGCAGGACGUGGUCGACUUCUCCUUCAUUAACACAAGUCGGGAACAUGCGGGGACGUAUCGGUGCCAGUACCACGUGUCAGAGCCAUUGGGGAUAUCAGAGCAGAGUGAUCCGAUGGAGCUGGUGGUGACAGAUCGCAGGUACCCCCCACCCAGCAUUUCCAUCAGCCCCAAGGAAGGGGUGGGCAUGGGGACAAAUGUCACCAUCCGCUGCUGGAACAGGGAUGAUGGGGUCACCUUCCUCCUUCACAAGGACGGGCUUUUGUUCCCUACCCAGCGUCAGGACCUUGAUGCUGGGGGCACAGCCACCUUCAUCAUCUUUGGGGUGACCCCUGCUGAUGCUGGCAACUAUAGGUGCUCCUACCGACCCUGGGGUCACCCCUUUGUGUCCUCACCCCUUGGGGACAGUGUGACACUGCAGCUGACUCCCACACCUGCACCCCCAGGUGCCAAUGGAGAAUCCUGUGGGAUCCUGGCUGUGGCAGUGGCAAGGGGCUGUGCCACCACCCUCACCUUCAGCCUCGUCCUUAUCAUCUUCUUCCUCCUUGCUGCCCGCAGACGUCAGACAUGGAGAACUGUGAACCCAGCUGAACCCAACAGGAGUUCCAAGGCCAAUGAGGUCCAGGGGGAACCCCAAACUCUGCCCGUGGUGAACACAGAGGAACUCCAGACUCCUAUGGCUUACACUAACUUUAUCUGAUCUCCUGAACCUAGCCAGUGGGGAACCCGAAGUUCACACUGUGGUGAGUCCCUACAUCCUUCAUCUAAGCCCCAACGCACCCUGGGUACCUCGAAGCCCUAAACACACCAGAGACUCCAUGGGCAUCACAGAGCAGGAACCCAAAACACCACACAUCAAAAAACUCUAACCCUAACCAUAACCCUAACCCUAACCC